UGGCGCUAGAACACUGUGCCACAAGCCCUUGUAGGUAUGUAGGCUAACAUUCGUCAUAGGUACAAGGCAUCGUAGCUGAUGGUCUUUUUUUUCUUCUUUCCUUUUUCUUGGUAUGAGGUAUUCUUCAGUAUUCCUUCGUACUUACCUACCUACAUAACCUAAAGUAUGUGAUCGGCUAUACGGAAUAACUAGUGUAUCCUUAUCCUAUCUCUCUUCCUUUUCAGACAUAACUUCCUAAUAUCCAUCUAAGCUACAUCCGUACCUACAUAUUUCUCCUAAUAUUUGAACUUAACAAGUCAAGCAUCCGAAUCAUCUCUCACUUACUAUUAUUUCAGCUACCUCAUCUCUGUUUGAACCAAAUUGCUGACUCGAUAACUGCUCUCGUCAGGAUUCACGCUAUCCGGCGCCUUUAAAAUCCACCCCGCAACCCAACACCCAAUACCCAAUACCCAGUACCCUAGACCUGGACCCCUCACAUUUGCAUUUGCAUCUGUGACUGGUCAGAACAGAAAGCAUGGUGGCGGUAGUAGAUACAUCAUAUUAUGACGCUCUCGGCGUCCAGCCAACGGCUACCGAGCUCGAGAUCAAGAAGGCAUAUCGCAAACUUGCUAUCGUCCAUCAUCCAGACAAGAACCCAAAUGAUCCAACUGCCCACGAAAAGUUCCAGACCAUCGGCGAAGCCUAUCAGGUGCUUUCGGACCCCGACCUAAGGAAGGCAUACGAUAAAUAUGGCAAAGAUAGUGCCAAGCCCAGCGAGGGCUUCGUCGACCCUGCCGAGUUCUUUAGUAGUAUAUUCGGCGGUGAUGCCUUCGUCGACUGGAUUGGCGAGAUUAGUCUUAUGAAGGAUCUUACUACCACUAUGGACAUUACUAUGGCCGGCGAAGAGGAAGGAGAGGAGGAAGGAGAGAAGGAAGGAGAGGAGACAGAAUUCCCCGGUACUGAGGAAGCUAUACGCGAGAGUAAAAAAGAAGCUGUCGCCGAUACUCCAGGCGCUACCAGUGCGCCAGUGCCAGCGCCUGCUGUAGUCGUUGAAGAAGAACCUGAAAAGCCAUCCGCUGAGGUACAUCAUGACGCCCCCGCGGACAAGCCACCGGUACCCUCGCGCGGCGCUUCCCCGAGCCCUAAUGCUUCUGGUACAUCGACACCUUCGAGACAUGCGAUACCCAUCCGGCCCGCGCUCAUGGACCGUCCGUCGGAUGAUACACAUUUAGCGAGCCAGACAGAAGAGGAGAGAGAAUUACGAAAGAAGGAAAAAAAGAAGGGAUUAACCAAGGAGCAACGGGAACGGCUAGCUGCCUUUGAAAGGGAGCGCGCUAAAAUUCGGCAAGAGCGUGUCGAUACUCUCGCCUCCAAGCUUAUCGAUCGUAUAUCAGUAUGGACGGAGACAGAUAAAGGCCCUGAUGUCACCAAGGCCUUCCAGGACCAGAUCCGUCUCGAAGUGGAAAACCUCAAGAUGGAGAGUUUCGGACUCGAUAUUCUACAUGCCAUCGGCGCCGUGUACAUGUCGAAAGCCACAGCACUCCUCAAGUCGCAGAAGUUCCUUGGAAUCGGGGGCUUCUUUAGCCGUAUGAAGGACAAGGGAACCCUUGUCAAGGAGACCUGGAACACCAUAUCGUCGGCCAUCGACGCUCAGCAAACCAUGGAGGAAAUGGCGCGUAUGGAGCAGGCUGGUGGCGAGGACUGGACCGACGAGAAGAAGGUCGAGUACGAGCGUAGAGUUACUGGGAAGAUCCUCACAGCCGCGUGGCGCGGUAGCAAGUUCGAGAUCCAGAGCGUGCUACGUGAGGUCUGCGACAGUAUUCUCCAUGAUAAGAAGGUACCCCUAAGUAAGCGUUUAGAGAGAGCAGAAGCGCUUGUUAUUAUCGCGGAUAUUUUUCAGAAGGCCCAGAGAACAGAGGAGGAAGGCGAGUACAUGGCAUUCGAACAACUCGUAGCCGAAGCAGCUAUCAAGAAGGAAAAAGAAAAGGAUUCGAAGAAGAAGGGGAAAGACAAGGAUAGCAAGAAGGCCGAUGCACACAAGGAAUAGUCGUAAUAAGUCUGUCUUAUUCAGGGUUGCGGACUCUAGAGAUGCACUUUCUUGGAGGCGACUGGGGGCAUAUUCGAAAUUUCAUGGUUCCUGCACGAUGACCUUGAAACGGCGAUUCAAACCAGUGUGCAUCAACCCGGCCACAUUAUCCAGUUGACGUCGAAAUUGAAUAGGGGGCAGAAAAUUCGGGGAGAACUCAAGCUCUCUUAGCAGCUUAUGAAGUUCCGCGGGGAGGACGGACAAGUUGAUCCGGGAAAGGAGAUGGAAGAUAUCAUACAGCUCUUACGCUUCAUAGACUGGUUUUAGGGAGUCUUUGGCCAGGAUGGGAUAAAAAGCUCCCCUUAAUAUUACAUAUGCAUGCAUGCGUCUCUGUGAAUGGAAAUAUAAUCCACUCCACCUCUUA